AUGCCGACGCAGGUCGUCCCGUCCGAGUCCGCACCCCGCCCCGCGCGUGCCGUGGGCCAUGGCAUGGCGCUCUCGCUGCUCUACUUGGCCUUUGCGUCCACCGUCGCCGUUUGCACGUACUACUUGAGUGCGAUCGCGAACACGCCCAUUUUCCUCGGCCACCAGUACGAGAGCUUUACAAGCAACCAAUUCAACAUCCCCGUCAGAACACUCCUUCGCGCUUCAAUACCCUUUCCACUGUCGACCAGCAUGACACUAGACACGACCCUCUCUCUCAGCGACCUCCUCUACAAAAAGUGUGGUGUACGGGACGAGGCCUGUGCGACGUCGUUUCUACCUCGGUCCAAUGAGAUCUGGUACCUGGUGGCGAAAGCGUUUGCUUUGAUCCCCAACUUUGACCAGCCGCGCUUCCAGAAUUCCACCCAGACAAUCACGAUUCAGCACAUCAACAACCUCAGCGGCUGGAACAAAGCGACAGCGCAGUUUUCCAUUGACGGCCACGACAUGGCGAUUACGUGCAUGGUGCGCCGCGCGAGCUUCAACCUUGCGUCGGCACCCGCAUCCUCGGCGGUGAUCGACUCGAUCGCCUUUUGCUCACCGCGCAAAUUUGAUCCGAAUUGGAUUUGCGAAAACAAAGUGGCGCUAGACGUCGCCACGUAUGCGAUUCAAGUGAGCCGCGGAACGACCAGCUACCUUGGCGUGGCAGCGCGCAAACAGGUCUACUUGAACCCGGGACACAUCGCUACAUUCAUGGAUGGUCCGCUCGGCCCAGUGCUCUUGAGAACGGUCCGUGCAAUCGACGAGUACCAAGGCGGCAUCCUCCAGAUGCACGCGCCGUGGGACGUCCUUCCGGCAUGUAGCUGUAUAGGAACGCUGGACGAAGCCACGGGUCUUGGCUGGCUUGAGCAGAUCCAAGGCAUGGUCACGAUGACGUGGGAGUGCGACUCACUCAUGCUGACGAACGCGAUCAUACUCUGGGUGCUCGCCGUCGACUUUACGUCACUGCAGUGGGUCUACCUCCGACGCAGCGCCAUUUGCCUCGGUCCUGUCUACAUGUCGAAGAGCGUUGUCGGCCUCGUGAUCCUCUUUGUGGGUUUCUGGGGCAAUGCCAACCUCCAGACGCUCACCACAUUGCUUCACCACAAGCCUGGAUUCGAUUUGGGCAACUAUGCGUACUGUGGACCCGCUCAAAUGGCGUCGAUCGUUGGUAUCAUGACGGGCACGUUGAUUCAGACGUGGUUCAACCCGCGCCUCGUGACCCAGACGUGGCUCCUUCUCGUGUUCAGUCUGGUCAACUGGAUUCUGGUUUUUGUGCUCGAGGCAUUCGUGUUUCCAGGCAUGAGCAGUCCCGUGCCAGGACCUUGCGGCCGACGCACGUCGACCAACUGCCUUCUCUACAACAAGAUCGCGCAGACGUACUACUACUCGGCGAUCGCGUCGGGUGGUGUCGUGCUGCUUGCGAUCGCGGUCGUGUAUUUCCACGCGCUCGUAUGGUCGAAGGGCGCGUGGUGUAAGGUCCCCAGGACACACUCUGUUCUUCAAUACCUCGCUGUGAAGGACUUGACGUCUGUCGUAACGUCAGUUCACAGCAGCAUCCUCUUCACUGACGACAAAGACUCGGUUGGGAUUGACGCCGGCGUUCUCCUCAUCAAGAACAUGAUCCAAGUUUCCAGCACGGCGAUGACGCGAACCUCCAACGUACAGUACGACCUUCUCUUCCGGCUCAUACCCACCGCCCGCCUCAAGGCGUACUACAGCUCCGGUGUCGGCAGCGUGCUCGUGGUGCAUAUCAGGCAGCGGACGAUUUCGCGUCGGUCCAGCUACACACCGCUGCACACAUUGCUCUCUGGGACGACCGACGCCGAGAUCGACGAAGCGGG